UCCUUGUUUGUCUGAUUGAUUCUCUCUGCCUGCCUCUCCUCAGACUGACGAUGGCUGAAGACCAGCUGUUUGUAUCACAGGACGAGUUUACCUGCUCGGUGUGUCUGGACACCCUGACUGACCCCGUGUCACUGCAUUGUGGUCACAGUUUCUGUCUGAAGUGCCUCACAAACUACUGGGAUCAGAGCCAAGAGUGCAGCUGUCCUCAGUGCAGACACACCUUCAUGCUGAGGCCUGAACUGAAGAGAAACACUCUGCUGAAUGAAGUCAUCAACAAAUUAAAGAAGAAGGCACUCAGUCCUCCUCCUCUUCCAUCUAAGAAUUAUGUCAGCCGUGGAGAUGUGGAGUGUGACUUCUGUACUGGGAAGAAGUUCAGAGCGGUGAAGUCCUGUCUCACCUGCAUGGCCUCCUACUGUCAGACUCACCUGCAGCCUCACCUUGAAGUAGCGGCCCUGAAGCACCACAAGCUGGUUAAUCCUAAUAGAAAUCUGAAGGAAAAACUCUGUGUAAAACAUCAGAAAAGCUUGGAGAUGUUUUGUAAAACUGAUGAGAAGUGUAUCUGCAUGAUGUGUGGAAUGACUGAACAUGAUGGUCAUGAAAAGGUCGAGCUGGAGACAGAAAGAGAAGGAAAACAGAAACAGCUGGGGUUGACACGGAGUGAAAUUAGGAGGAGACUUGAAGAGAAAGAGAAGAAACUGAAGGAGACGAGGAGGACAGUGGAGAAGAUGAAGAUCUCUGUGGAAAAAGUGAUGGAGGAACAUGAUAAGAGCUUCACUGAUCUGAUACGGUGCAUUGAGGAAGCCCACAAGAAACUGACUGAGAAGAUCAGAGAACAAGAAAAGAGAGAAAUGGAGAAGGCUGAAGGAGUCAUGGAGCAACUGGAGAAGGAGAUCAAGGAGCUGAAGAGGAGAGAAGCUGAGCUGAAGGAGCUUUCAGAGACCAAGGACCAUCUCCACUUCCUGCAGACUUUCUCAUCUCGCUGUGUCCUUCCUGUUGAUGAAGACUCGCUCAGCUUCACUGUCACUGCUGAUUUCUCUUCUGAGGACCUGCUAAAGGAGCUGUCAUGUCUGAAAAGGCGUCUGGAGAAGAUCGGCCAGUGGGACACCCUGCCUUUGACUCCAUCAGGUCGUGAAGCUCCAGUCUUCACCCUACUGCCUCCUGAACAUCAGAGCAGAGAGGAGUUUUUACAAUACUUCUGUCCCCUCACUCUGGACAUCAACACGGCAAACAGAGACCUCCAUCUAUUAGAAGGAAACAAGAAGGUGACAUGGGAGGAGACAAAAGCCAAAUAUCCUGAUCAUCCUGACAGAUUUGACUGCUGGCCUCAAGUUUUGUGCAGAGAGGCUCUGACUGGGAAUCGCUGUUACUGGGAGGUGGAGUGCAGUGCAGGUGAUGUGGUGAUUGGAGUUGCAUAUAAAGGACUGAGCAGGAAAGGAGCUGGCUGGGAGUGCGGCCUUGGAAACAACAACAAGUCCUGGUGUUUGCUGUGUUCUCAAUCCCAGUACUCUGUGUGGCACAAUGACAAGCACACUGUAAUCAGCGCCCCCUACAGCCCCAGAGUAGGUGUGUAUCUGGACUGGCCUGCUGGCUCUCUGUCAUUUUAUAGCGUCUCACACACAAUGACCCUCCUGCACAGGUUCAACACCUCCUUCACUGAGCCCCUCUAUCCAGGGUUUUGGCUUAAUGAUUACUGCAGUGUAACAAUCAGCCAUCUGACAGCAUGUGACCACUGACCAGUAACCCCCACCGGUCACUUGAUGUCCUUACAAGUGCAGGUCCUCUUUGUGUUUGUAGUUUGGCAUGAAAUUAAUUUUACAGGACGGGUGGGUUGGGGGGUCUGCACCACUGUGAUUGAAUUUGUGGAUGAGAAUGUGCGGCUGUCAGUGUCUCCAUUAUUAUUGGGUUUGAGUAGCCAAUCAGGUAUGUGUGUCAUAAUGAGAGGCGGAGACACCUAGGAUCUACAAAUACCAGUAUGACCAGCAGGGGUCACUGUUGAUUCACAGCCACAUAUCUUUCAAGCUGACACCCCAACAACUACUGAGGCCCCCCAAGUGUCACUGAAUGUCACCUGUUAAGUAGGACAGGCAUGUGGUCCUGCUGGAUCAGCACAACUGAAAGGCGCUAUACAGACUCAGUAUGGAGAGCUCUUGAAUAGUGACUGUAUGUAGGAGCAGAGAGUGACAGAUGGGACUGGAGUGUUGUCCACUCACUAGACAUUUUGUGACCCUCCAUUGGUCACUCAAAGGGUCCUUCACUUCAGAAUGAGUUCACUGUGAAUAUCUGAAGACGAGGACUCACCGGUCAGUCAGAUGUCAGCCAUACUGACAGAGUUUGGUGUUUUAGUUGAUGUCACAUUAAACUUUAAACUGCACCUCCUCCUUGUCCCCAGAUUUGUCACUCUUGGUACCCUGAAAGCUCCAACAUCUUCA